AUGUCAACCUACCUAAUGCCGGACUGCUCAGCCCCAAACACCUCAGCAGUCAAUUAUGACGAAGUGGUUUCUGGCUUUACAGCCCCUUCACCGAUGCGCGAGGAGCAUGACCGGCUAACUGUGCUUUGCCGAUUAAUUGUAAUAGAUCGUAUCGAUGCGCUCAACGAGUGCUUACUCCGACUCCAAGGAUCCAACUCGUCCAAUCAAAAGACCGACUUGCUGGAUUCAUGUUCAAAGGAAUCGACACUCACUCUGGCUGACAUUCAGGUGGAACAGCAUUUGCUCACUUCCUAUCUGCAACGCCUCGGAGGCACCGAUUUCAACUCUGCUACUUCCUCCUGGUCUCAUUUAAUGCCAAACAGAACACAGGCCUCCUCUUCUCCUUCUGGACUUAUCACCCCUUCCUCUGCUAGAAUCGGCGCCUCUGUUGUCACUAGUAUCACAAGUGUUGCAGCUAAACCUGCGGAUGUUCCCGAGACAUUGCACACGCUUCUUCCGAAAUCACUUGAUCAACUAAACGACAAAGACUCAAUGUUUACCAACUUGACAGUUUAA